AUGCCUUGCAACAGCGGCGGAAGAGCUGUGUCCACAACAGGUUCCGCAGCUACAGUACUUGGCACUAUCUCGAGCCAUGAAAAGCGCCGAAUUCAAGAAUUAGUUGAAGAUUUUGAGGCUCAGCUGACAACGAAUAUUAAAGACAGUGUUGCAUUUUCUUCGUCUUUGGAGGACUCUCCUGACUUGUCAGACAGAGCAUGGUUGGUAACUUUCAUUAGGACUGUAAACAAAAUGCUGGAAGUUUGCGAGGAGAUGUUAGGUCUCAUACCAUUGAAGAAUACAACAAAAGGUCAAGGCAAGUUCCAUCCCCUUGAAGCAGUUACGGAGAAGUAUGGUCUGCCGCGGAUAUUACUAACACACGUAGCAACAAACGGUGCUCCAGCUAUGACUGGCGAAACCAGUAUGGAGUGUCCAGAGAAAAAUGAAGAAUCAUGA